AUGGCUCAUCGAGGAGAGACAUUCGAGAAAAAUGUCUCGUGCAUUGCCGAUCUGAAAGCUCUAGGGAGCACGAAGCUCCCCAAGAUGGUCCGAGACUACUACAAUGAAGGAGCGAUGGACCUCCUCACCCUCCGCGACAACGAAGCCGCAUAUGACCGCUACCGCAUCCGCCCGCGGGUUCUGAUCAACGUGGAGAAUGUUGACACUAGCACGGAAAUACUUGGGACCAAGGUCCCUCUCCCUUUUGGAUUCAGCCCCGCCGCCUCCCAUCAACUGGCCCAUCCCGACGGCGAGCUAGCCACGUCUCGCGCCGCCGCCAAGUUCGGCAUCUGCAUGGGUCUAUCCUCGUACUCGACCUGCUCGCUGGAAGAUGUCGCCUUGCAAGGAUGCGGCAACCCCUAUGCGAUUCAAAUGUGCGUGUUGAGGGAUCGGUCCCUUACCCUGCAGCUUCUGGACCGGGCAGAAAAGGCGGGCUACAGAGCCCUGUUCUUGUCGGUGGAUGUGCCCGUCCUGGGGAAGCGGUUGAACGAGUACCGGAAUGAGUAUCAGAUGCCGGAAGACAUGCAAUGGCCCAACAUUCUCAGCUCGGGGAGUGAUACCUCGAAUCGGACGGAUUAUGGUGGCCUGGAUUGGGAGACUGCGAUUCCUUGGCUUCGGGAACAUACCAAGAUGCAGAUCUGGCUGAAAGGGGUAAGCGCACCCGAGGACGUCGAACUUGCAAUCCAGUACAAGGUCGACGGGGUGAUCAUCUCCAAUCACGGGGGUCGCCAACUGGACGGGGCCCCGGCCACGUUGGAUGCGCUCCGAGACUGCGCCCCGGUCGCAAAGGGACGCAUCCCGAUCGCCAUCGAUGGUGGCAUCCGACGAGGAUCGGAUAUCUUCAAAGCGCUGGCGCUGGGGGCCGACUAUUGUUUCUUGGGAAGGAUUCCCAUCUGGGGGCUGGCGUAUGACGGUCAACGUGGUGUGGAGCUGGCCAUUCGGAUUUUGCGCCAGGAGUUGAAGAUCACGAUGGCGUUGGCUGGAUGUCGGUCAAUUGCAGAGAUUCACCGAAGACAUUUAUCUGUCCUCAAGCCCGACGGGGUUCUCGCAAAAUUAUGAGACUAGUAUAUUAGCUGGGAAUAAAACCCGUUUUCGAUCUCUACCUCUCACUCUAGUUUUACGGCAUGAUUGUAUUGUACCUAAGCAUGGCGUCUGAAGCAGCUUCCCGGAAAUUAUUUCCUGCGAAGCACUGCUCGAGCGCGAUCGGUCGGUUGAGCCAACAGGCAGCACUCGCCGAUGCUCCCGUUCUUAAGCCCUUCACUCGAUUCGCAGGGAUCUGGUGACACUAGAUAUGCACGACAUAUUGGCGCCGUGGCUGGUUUAUUUUGGAUACCCCGCAGUUGCACGUUCACAAACCUUCCCUUGACUGCAAUUCCUCCCCAACCUGCCUCUGCUAACUGUCAGUGCUCACCAUGGCCACCGCACCUCCUGUGAUCGACUUUGGGCGUACGUCUCC